AUGAGCAUUGAUUCGCCCUCAGAUGCUAGCGACGUGUUUGAUCGGGGCAACCAAUAUGCCCUUGAGGAUGGCAAGCUACUCGGGUAUGGCUUAAAGGGUGUCACAACAGCUAUGGUUCAGGAGACCUGUAACCAAGUGACUGAAAGCUAUGCCAAGGAGAUCUUGCAUUGGCCCAACGGACGACUCGCGAAGCCGGACAUCUUCAGCCCGGUGGAUGAAGGUACUUUCGAGGACCUUGGCGAAUGCACCAAGCACUUUGUCAAAUACCUGCGGGAUCUUUUUGAGUCAUCACCGCCAAAGCAGAUUCCUAUAUAUCCUCAUGCAUUCAUUGCCUUCUCACAAGAUGAGCUGCCGCGCAAUGCGACCCUCGUUCUCGCAUACAAGGCCCGUGGUCUAUGGCAACUAGAGCAUCGAUCAGUCCCGGUAAAAGUUGAAUUAGGCCAGUCAGUCGAUGGAUUGAGGAUGGGUGACGAGACUGCAAAGGAUUUGCUCGACCGGUACCCUAGCGACGGCCCCGCAAACUCGACCGAACAACGUCGAGGUGACUCUGACUCCCGGCCAACCGAUAAAUGGGCUUUCGCCGUUUUCAGCACCGGGCUGUUGUCAGCACUCCCACUACCAGCCCUAAUUGAUCCUUCGACUGACGAAGUCCAACCAUCGGAAGCGACGCUUGACCUCAUUGGUGACCCAGAAACGAGUCGAUUUCAGAUGCCUUGGGAGAGAAUGAAGGAACUGUUUCCUGUUAUUUGUCGAGACGAUGAGCGUCGAGGCUGGCGCACAAACGGGAUGAAGUUACACAAAAAUGUGUUUAUCUGCUGUGAUAACGAUAAACCAGAGGAGAAGGGGGUCUUGAUCCUGCAAUUGGAGUGGGACGGUAACACUGAGAAGGACGAUCAUGAGUUGAAGAAUGUUGGGAAGGCUGCAAAGGUCCACGAGACAAGGGCAGGAGUUAAGGAGGCUUUAACGAAGGCACGCGAGAUAGCAGAGUGA